UCAAACAGCUGGGAAUACCGUAUGUCGACUGGUCUGAUUAAUCGCUACGCUUUGUCUCUUCGUGCCUGGUGUUGCAGAAGAGACUCCGAGAGCCUUUGACUACUUUGUUCAGACAGAUUGAGACAGAUGACAGAUUUACGCCUGUAGGAUCAGUGUGAUUCCAAGAUGCUGCCCCUUUCUCACAGUCCACGCGACUCACGUUCCAACUUCCGAAGUAGGAUCAAGGAGAAGCUGCUUAGUUGGAAACGUCUUAUCUUCUCCGACCCGAACACCCGCAACUUGUUUUUGUUCCUGAUUCUCAACCUGUCCUUUGCCUUCGUCGAGCUGCUAUAUGGAAUAUGGACCAACAGUCUCGGUCUCAUCUCCGACAGUUUUCACAUGUUCUUUGACUGCACUGGCCUGCUAUUUGGUUUAGCGGCAUCCGUCAUCACCAAGUGGAGGGCAAACGACAGAUAUUCAUAUGGAUACGUUAGAGCCGAAGUGUUAGGUGGCUUCGUGAACGGACUACUCCUAUUGUUUAUAGCCUUAUUUAUCAUGUCGGAGGCAGUGGAACGAGCCAUCGAGCCACCGGAGAUUAAACACGAGAGGCUCUUCGUCGUCUCUGUGUUGGGAUUGAUAGUGAAUUUAGUAGGGAUAUGUGCAUUUAAACAUGGACAUGGACAUGGACAUAGUCAUAGCCAUAGCCAUGGUCAUAGUCAUGGCGGGAGGGGACACCACGGUCACUCUCACUCUCAGAAUCAUGAAUAUUCUCUCUUGAAUCAUAACUAUGACCAUCAUGUUGAGAUGGAAAUGUCCUUCAGUGGUACAAACUCGCAAAUCAUGAAGGGCGUAUUCUUGCACAUACUUGCAGAUACUCUCGGCUCCGUGGGAGUUAUCAUAUCGGCAGUACUGAUGCAAAUGUUUGGCUGGAUGAUCGCCGAUCCGAUAUGCUCUAUGCUCAUAGCAGUAUUGAUAGUUUUAAGUGUAAUCUCAUUGAUGAAAGAAUCGUGGGAGAUACUUAUGCAAAGACAGCCGGUAGCUCUGGAUCAUGUUCUGUCGCAGUGCUACAACAAGGUAACGCAGAUACCUGGCGUUUACAGUGUGCAGGAACCGCAUUUUUGGACUCUGUGCUCGGAUGUGUACGUCGGAUGUUUGAAACUGGAGGUGGCGAGAGAAGUAGAUCCCAAAUCUGUCGUGAUGACAACGCAAAAGAUUUUCCAGGCGGCAGGCGUUAGACAUCUCACGGUCCAACUCGAUUAUGCUCCCAUGUGAUCUACGAAAAGCAUGACGCGCAUUGCGGAGUGUUCUUACGAAUGUAACGGAAGCGUGUCUAGACUCUGUCAGAGCUGGGAGACAGGGAAUACGACGGUGUCGCAGAAUGUCUUCGCUACGUCAAAAAUCUGUGAUUGUGCGCGUUGGAAUAGCAAUCAGUAUCGUCAUGGAUUACAAAUCGUUUGAGGAUCGUGCAUGCCUUAGGAGAGAAGUUGCUGACACGGAAUGAUUGAAAAAUAAUUCCUAAGAAUUUCUAACCGAAUCAAAUUACUAGUUAAAACCAUUUCUAAAACAUGAUGUAUGAUAAAAGAUUAUUUCCCAUUUCCAUAUUAGAUGCUCAGAGCAAUGGUCAGUUAAAUUCUCUUCUCUGGAACAAAUGUCACUGUUUGUUCGUCUUUUAUAUAAAUACUUUACCUCUGUCGGAGCAAAAGCUCAUCUCUAUUUGUAUGAGCUUUGACUUGUAAUUAUUCAUUAUUACAAGCAUUUCAAAUCCAGGUUUAAUUUAG